CGUGUCCCUCGCUUCCUUCGCUUCCGCUGUUCGCCUCGACACCAAAAUCCACAAUCCACACUCUGCACCCAAAUUAAGCCGCCAAACCACACAAAGUGUCAAAACACCUCGAAACCUACCGAACCUCGUCCGCAGGCAGACCACUCUCAUUCCCCGGCCUAUCCUCUAGUCAUCCAAGUCCACAUUCUUAUCUACAACUACCUUUUCCUUCUACCUUCCCAUCAUGACUACCUCGUGUACCUCGAUUGAAGUCUUACCCUCUGUCGGGCCCUCCACGCAAAACCCCCGGGACGGCAACACCGCGAUGCAUCCUCUUACUCUUCAAUCCUGUAACAAUGGUUUCAGGGAGAGAUAGCUGUCUCACCCCUCUGCAACACCGAAUCCUCGAUUUUCUACCGUCUCGCUGUUCCCCGACUUUGUCACCUCAUUGAAUUUGGGGGCAUUCACAUCGUCGUGCUGGUCUAAGUGAAUUCGCUCACGCGAACCGUGUUGUUCCAGCAGAUCAGCGGGCACACUAUCACGCCAACCAGCAAAGAUGUCGCUUUAGUCGCGUUACGGCCAGAACUCUACCAGUCUCUCGGGUCGAGGUCCUCUUGAAGAGAAGGUGUCCUUUUUGCCUGUCGGGAGGAUAUAUCUGAGCUCCCCGUCCGGCCUCCUUUGCUAUCGAGACAAACCUUUCACACAAGAGCCUUCUUCCAAUCGUCAAACAUCACGAAUCUUUCAAUCACCACACUUUUUAUUGCAUCGACACCUAAUUUCAAUUACCAAUUCAAGACUCGAUUCAGGAGCUGAACAAAAACUACAUACGAAUUCCUAAUCAACCUUACAAAACAAUACACAUACACCACUGGAAACCUUCCUCCACGAAUCCCCAGUCGGUCACAAGCUACGAGCUACUUUCACAAGCUACGAGCUACUUCAUACUUCAAUCGUUGCCUUGUUCAAUUCGAAAAUGGGUAUUCGACGUCCCGAAAUGCCUAAUAAGUGGGCCGAAUCUGACGAAUUUGCUGCUACUCUUGCCGCUUUGCGGAGUACAAACAGCUCUGCAACCAUUGAUCUCGACAAAUCUCAACCUCCCACUCCAGAUGGCUCUGGACGACCAGUCAACUUCCAAGUCAUUGCUCCUGGACUCUAUCGAUCCAGCUACCCGCUCUUCGCCCAUUUCGAGACGCUUGCGGAUCUCGAGCUCAAGACCAUUGUAACACUGGUGCCGGAACCUUUACCAUUCGAAUACGAGAAUUUUAUUUCAUCCAACGGCAUCAUCCACCACCACAUUCCGAUAUUGGCCAACAAGAAGCCGGACGUGUACUCUUCAGACGAAACCGUCAACCAAGUGGUGAAGCUGAUGCUAGACCCGGCCAACUACCCAAUGCUCGUUCAUUGCAACAAAGGCAAACACCGCAGCGGAACAAUCUGUGCGGCAUUCCGCAAAGUCACGGGCUGGACGCUUGAAGCUUGUAUUGAGGAGUACGAGCGAUAUUCGACCCCGAAAGACCGGGAACUAGACAAAGUCUUCAUUGAACGAUACGAUGCCUCGGUCCUCAAACCUUUGGCUUUUGAAAGAGGGUAUAUUGGUGGAGCAUAUGGCAUGGGCAUGACGAGCACGGCCUCGACCAAAUCUUCGGUUUACACUGCCAAUACCGUCGAAACCGCCUUGACCAGCGACGACAGCCAAGCUUCACUAAACGAUUACCAGGAGCGCGUCAAGAAGGAGAAUGAUGCUCUACUGGAGUCUGCGAGAUUGUGGUCCUACAAAUGAGAUGAGCCACAAUCAGAAGAAACAUCACACAUAUGGUCGCUACACGACCCAGACACACCAAGACCGUCAUUAGUUUUGCAGCAAUUCUAUUACGCUCGUACUAUGUACAGCAUGUCUUUGUUCACAAUCCAGACACGACUCGAUGCCGGUCCCGAACGAGCGAGCGACUGAUGGGUGUGAUCAUAUUGGAGAGUCUAUGAUUGGAGAAAUUCGAGGUGCUCAGUUUAUUGCCCACUAUCAUCAGGGCAAGAAUGGUUAAAGGGCCCACGACUACAACGAUAAUACCAUGAGCAACCAUUGCAGGGAUUUUGGAAGGGUACUCGGGAUUAUCUCCUGUCACGAUAGGAGGGGAGGAGAACUAGGGCCGACACUACACUGCCAAUGGUCUUUUCUUUUCAAGGCCUCUGAGAGGUCCCUCGAGGUAGCGUUACCGCCAGGGGACGGACAGUCCAGUUCACUUUCUGGGUCUUCAUCUUGUGAUUUGGAAUGGGAAAUGGGGAAUGACAUUGGUUAUGAAAAUGCGCAUGAUACUCCAGUGGGAGGAAAGGAUCCAACAUCACACAAAACGACCAUUAUUGCGAUGGGAUGGAAGGAGUCAUGCAUUAAUGACACAUGGGGCGGAAGAGUGACCACUUGAGGCUCACGUUUUGAUAUUAUUGCAUUGCAUACCUACAUUGCAAUGCCUUUCUUUCGUCUCCUCAGAGACAGGAAGACCUGGCUUUUAUACUAGCAGGCAUUGCAUGGCAUGACAGGGGGUAUUGGAUUGGCCUGUUCUGCUUUUUUGCAUAUGAUCAGGAUUCCCUUAUGGAUAUUGAAUAAUGAAUCUUACAAGACUCGACUCCAUA